AUGGCGAUCUUGGAAGAAGAAAGUGAUAAGAAGGACGAAGAUCUUGACCCCCGUGUUCAAAAUGAAAGAAACUUAUUAAAACCAAUUGAAGAAUUGGAAGAAGUUAUUCUCGAUCCGAGAAAUCCCACAAACGAACAGACAGAAAAGGAGACCCUUAGAUUCCGAGAGGCAAGGGGCACUAAAAAAAGAAGUGGACAAGCUGCGUGCCCAAAAGAUUGCUUUGCACUACCCCAGAUCGACCAGUUAGUGGAUGCAACUGCUGGACAUGAGCUUAUGUCAUUUAUGGAUGCAUACUCUGGAUAUAACCAAAUAAAAAUGCAUGUCCCAGAUCAAGAGCAUACAAGCUUCGUAACAACAUAUAAAGUCAUGCUGUUUGGGCUAAAAAACGCUGGGAACUUUAAGACCGAUGUCUUAGCAAAACUGGCCUCUCAGAACGACUUGGAUGAAUUGAACUUGGUUCCAGUGGAGGUACUAAGUGAGGCAAGCAUAUGUGAAACGAAAGACGUCGAGAUGAUAGACAGCUCUCCUACAUGGACGACUCCUAUUAUCAAUUACUUACUCGACAGAAAACUUCCAAAUGACAAAAACGGGGCACAAAAACUAUUGUAUUCAGUGCCUCGCUACACAAUAAUUGAAGGCAAACUGUAUAGAAAAGGGUACUCGAUGUCCCUACUUCGGUGUGUUCUCCCUACAGAAGCGAAUGAAAUCAUUAGAGAAAUUCAUGAAGGUUUUUGUAGGGAUCAUGCAGGUUGGCAAAGUCUAUCCAAAAAGAUUAUUAGACAAGGAUAUUACUGGCCAAUGAUCAAUAAGGAUACACAUGAGUUUGUUAAGAAAUGUGAUAAGUGUCAGAGGCGAGGAGGAGCUAAGUAUGCAGUAGUAGCAGUCAACUUCUUCAGUAAAUGGAUGGAGGUCGAGCCCCUUGUUUCCAUAACCUGCAAGAAAGUCCUCGACUUUGUCGUCAAGAACAUUGUUUGUAGGUUUGGAAUUCCCAUCAAGAUAGUAUCUGAUAAGGAAAAUCUAUUUGAUGGCGACUUGUUCACUGAAUUCUGCGAGAGGAACAAAAUUAUCAAGAGCUUCUCGUCAGUAGCCAGGCCUCAAGCGAAUGGACAAGUGGAAGGUGUUAAUAAAACCUUAAAAGAUACUAUCAAGAAGAAGUUAGACGCUGCCAAAGGUAGGUGGGUUGAUGAGCUACCUCAGGUACUCUGGGCCCAUAUAAUUACCGAGAAGACGGCAACAGGACACACUCCUUUCUCGCUAGCAUUUGGCUCAGAAGCAAUGCUGCCUGUUGAAGUGAACAUAUCUACUCAAAGAAGAGAGUUGUAUAAUCAAGAAGAAAACUUGGAACUUCUAAAAUUUUCCUUGGAUCUACUUGAUGAAAAAAGAGCUGAGUCGCAAAUCACCAACGCAACGUAUCAACACCGAGUUACAAGAUACUUCAACAAAAGAGUCAAGAAAAGACUAUUCAAUGUUGGAGACUUGGUACUAAGGUGA